UCGCCCAGUGUCUCUUUAUAUCUCUCUCAGUGUCUCUCUCCUUCGCUCUCUCUCAGUGUCUCUCUCCCUCGCUCUCUCUCUUUUUCCCUCACUCUCUCAGUGUCUCUCUCUCCCUCACUCUCUCUCUCUCUCUCUCUGGGUGAAUCGGAGGGGAGAUGCUGGAUUCGGGAGAAGGUCCGCCAUUAUUGGGAAGCUGAAAAAAAGCAGCAGAGACUUGUACACACCGUCACACUUUGGGCCUGUCGGGGUCUGAACGUGCGGCAGCAGCUCGGUGCGGGGCGAGCGGUGGUUCAGCGGGGAAUCGAACGUGCGAGCGGAGUGACGACGGGACGCUGCGUUUCCACACGGACCCUUUAUUUCUUCACACAACAAAGGAAAUAAUAAUUGGUCAAAACAACGUGGUGGCGGAGCGAGGAGGAAAAAAGCAGGCAGCGGCAGCAGGAGCAGCUCCUCUCCUCCCCCUUCCCCAUUUUUUCGGUGUAAAGACUGGAGUUUGAACAGCAGCUUCGUUUUCCUCGCUCUCCUCCUCCCGACGAGGUUUUAGUUGUUUUUCUCCCCGCGAGACACACGGAGAGAUAAUGUGCAUGUGAAAACUUCAGGGCUGACGGGAAGGAGCAGCGGUGGACACGCAGCGUGUUUACUGGCAGAGAGAAAGAGACAGAGACAGAAAGAGGAAGACGAGGAGGAGAAGAAGAAGAAGAUUAGGAAUCGACGUGAGAGGUUCUGUCUCUUCUGUUUAAAAAAAGAAAAAAGUCUUUCACCGGCCGUGAGUCGCAGAGGGAGAAAAGGAGUGGACGGGAUCUGGAGAGGGAGGAAUGCUAUGGUCCAAACCCCAGUCCAGUGAGCUCCCUUUGCAUGGAAACCCACCUUCCUUGGCAUACUUCCCAUCACCCUAGAGCUAGCGGCCAGCAUGGCAGGAUGAGCCUCUGCCAGCGAUAAUGAUGGCCAAAAAGCAAGAUGUCCGGGCACCCAUCUACAACCUGGUCGCGGUGGGGCUGUCCGGCACGGAGAAGGAGAAGGGCCAGUGUGGUGUGGGCAAGUCCUGCCUGUGUAACCGCUUUGUCCGGCCAAGUGCAGAUGACUUUUACCUAGACCACACCUCUGUCCUCAGCACAAGUGACUUUGGGGGCCGUGUGGUGAACAAUGACCACUUCCUGUUCUGGGGAGAGGCUGGGCGGACAAUGGAGGAGGGGCCAGAAUGCCGUAUGAAUGUUGUGGAGCAGACUGAGUUCAUUGAUGAUCAGACGUUCCAGCCGCACCGAAGCACAGCGCUCCAGCCUUACAUCAAGAGGGCAGCUUCCAGCAAGCUGGCCUCAGCUGAGAAGCUGAUGUACUUUUGCACAGAUCAGCUGGGGCUGGAGCAGGACUUUGAACAGAAACAGAUGCCUGAAGGCAAACUAAUGGUGGACGGCUUCUUACUCUGUGUAGAUGUUAGCAGGGGGAUGAACCGUAGCUUUGAGGACCAGAUGAAGUUUGUCACAAACCUGUACAACCAGCUAGCCAAGACGAAGAAACCAGUGGUAUUGGUUCUUACCAAAUGUGAUGAAGGAGUUGAGCGCUAUAUUAAAGACUCACACACCUUUGCCCUUGCCAAGAAGAACCUGCAGGUGAUAGAAACAUCAGCACGCUCUAAUGUCAAUGUUGACUCAGCUUUUCUUACACUGGUUCAGCUAAUAGAUAAGGGUAGGGGAAAGCCCAAAAUUAUUCCUUACUUUGAGGCAUUAAAACAGCAGAGUCAACAAAUUGCCUCAGCCAAAGACCGCUACGAGUGGCUUGUGAACAGAAUUGUGAAAAACCACAAUGAGACAUGGCCGAAUGUCAGUCGUCGCAUGCAGUCUGCCCCUGAGUAUAAGGACUACAUUUUCCUUGAGGGGACAGCUAAAGCCAAGAAGCUUUUCCAACAGCAUGUGCAUAGACUCAAGCAAGACCAUAUAGAGAAACGUAGGAAGGCCUAUCUAACUACUCUACCACAGGCCCUGUCUGUGCUGCUACCAGAGUUGGAUGUGAUAGACCACCUCAGCUGGUCUGGAGUUCAGAAAGUCCUUGAGACAAAGAGAGAUUUCUCCCAUUGGUUUGUAGUGCUAGAUGACAACCCUUGGGAGACCACACCACACAUUGAUAACAUAGAGGAUGAUCGAAUCCCCCAGGACCUUCUGGAGACCCCUGCAGCUGAAAAUAUCUAUGAGAUUCACCUGGAGCAGCUAAGGAAUGAGCGAAAACGGGCUGAGAUGAGAUGGGAGUUCAAGGAGAAGCUAAGUAUCUCUCCUUUCAUCACACCAGGGAAACCAUGGGAGGAGGCCCGAAGCUUCAUCAUGAAUGAAGACUUUUACCAGUGGCUGGAUGAGGCGGAAUAUCUUGAUAUCUACAACAAACACCAGAAGGAAAUCAUUGACAGAGCCAAAGAGGACUUUCAGGAACUGCUUCUCGAAUACUCUGAGCUCUUUUAUGAGCUUGAAGUGGAUGCAAAGCCAAGUAAAGAGAAAAUGGGAGCCAUUCAGGAGGUGUUGGGUGAAGAGCAAAGGUUUAAAGCCCUGCAGAAACUGCAGGCAGAAAGGGAUGCUCUUGUAUUGAAACAUAUACACUUUGUCUACCACCCCACAAAGGACACCUGUCCCAACAGCCCCCACUGUGUGGACAGCAAGUUAGAGCAAAUUCUGUCCUCCAGAUUCCCUACCCGCUACCCAUCAUCAGACACUUCAAGACUGGAAGGGGGUAGAGCUGAACGGAUAAAUCUUGUCAUCCUAGGAAAAGAUGGGCUAGCCAGAGAGAUGGCAAAUGAGAUAAGGGCCUUGUGCAGCAGUGAUGACCGGUACGUGUUAGAUGGCAAGAUGUAUGAGUUAGCCCUUCGUCCUAUUGAGGGCAACGUACGUCUGCCAGUCAAUUCCUUCCACACACCAACUUUCACACCCCAUGGUGUCCUGUGUUUGUACAACUCAAAAGAAUCCCUCUCGUAUGUUGUUGAGAGUAUAGAGAAGCUUAGAGAGUCAACUAUAAGCAGAAGGGAAAGGGAAAACAGCCUAGCACAACUCCCGCUGUCCCUCAUUCUGGUCACCAAGCGGGGUGUGGGGUCCAUAGGGGAUAUUGGGGGUGAGACAGCUCAGACUCUUAUCCAUCAGGGACAGCAGGUGGCUGGAAAGCUGCAAUGUACUUACCUAGACCCUGCCUCUCCAGGUAUGGGCUACACACGCAAUGUAAGCGAGAGGCAGAUCAACCAGAUGCUAAAGGGUCUCUUAGAUUUAAGGAGAAGCGUAGGGAGCAGUUCCCCUCCCCUGCCCCCUCCAUCCUCUGCCUUCAGAGAUUCACAGUCCCAGCCAGGUCUAGAGGUAGACUUGAGGAUAGUUAUGUGCCUGAUGUGCGGAGACACAUACGACCUAGACCAGCUGCUUGCUCCCUUCCUGUUGCCCCAGCACUGUCGUCCUGCCUCUUCUCUUAGCAGUGGCACCUCUAUUCUGCUGGAUCUCAGUAUAGGAGGUCAGAGGCAGAAUAUUGAACUGUCACUACUCUCUUUCCAUUCCACAUUCUCCCUCCGCAAGACAAGGCUGGUCCAUGGCUAUAUUGCAGUUUACUCUGCUCGCCGGAAGGCCUCUAUGGAGACCUUAUGCGCUUUCCUGUGUGAGGUCCAAGACAUCAUCCCUGUCCAGUUGCUAGCCGUAGGGGAGAGUCAGAUGGAGUUGUCAGACUCUGAGUCAGCCAAGGAGCAGGUCAGUCAGGGAGAUGAACUUGCCCAUGAACUUGAGGCCAGGUUUAAUACAGUAAUAUGUGGACAUGGUGGGGUGGUAGGGGGCCUUCAUAAGAUAGACCUUUUCCAGCCCUUUCUCAAGGAUGUGGUUGAGAAGCACACUAUUGUUGAGGCCACACAUAUGUAUGAUCAUGUGGCUGAGGCAUGUACCAACGACAGCAUAAGCCCUCGCUGUGGCUCUCCUAGUCCAGUUAACAUUCUUAUGGAUUCUGAGGAUGACAUCGACCCAUCAUCCCCUUACCCUACACUGAGGGAGGAUGGUAGCCUGAGUUCUCACCUUGGAAGCUUCAAGCUGCCAGAUCUGGAUUCAAGUGAUACCUUCUCUGUCAUUUCUGAGCUUAGCACCUUUGAGAGCAAGCUUAACAACAAGAUUCCUCCUCAAGUGAGGCCCAAGCCUGUCCGUAAGGUUAACCUCAGUCCCUUCAUGGAUCAGCAAGGUGGUACUAACCGCCGCUCUUUGCCCCAAGCUGUCACCUGGGCUCCAGGUAGCGAAGGACGCUAUGACCCUUCCGACUAUGCCGAGCCCAUGGAUGCUGUUAGCAAACCUAGACUCACAGAAGAGGAGACUAUUUACUCUGUCCCACAUGACAGCACACAGGGCAAAAUUAUCACCAUCCGUAACGCCAGCAAAGGUCACUCCAACGGGAGCGCUGGAGGGAAUGGUUCCGACAGUGAGGCGGACAGUAGCUCACUGGAACGCAGGAGAAAGUUGUCUGCCAUCGGGUUAAAACCAAAGCUUUACAGAGACAGAUCCAAACGACUUGGCAAGUUCAGCAGUUUCAGGACAAGCUUCUCUAUAGGCAGUGAUGAUGAGAUGGUGGGUCCACCCAAGGCUAGCCAGGAUGACGCAGGAGCCCAAAAGGACAACUCCAUUGAGGAGAUUGAAGACCCUAAAAGAAGAAAUAUUCUCAAGAGCCUGCGCAGAAAUACGAAGAAACCUCGAGCCAAACCCAGGCAUUCCAUCUCAAAACCCUGUGAAAGCAACUACUUCGGGGUGCCACUGGCCACUGUGGUCACCCCUGAGAGGCCAAUCCCAGUCUUCAUUGAGAAGUGCAUCCGCUUCAUUGAAACUACUGGAUUGAGCACAGAGGGCAUCUACAGGGUCAGUGGGAACAAAUCCGAGAUGGAGAGCAUGCAGCGGCAAUUUGACCAAGACCACAACCUGGACCUUGUGGAGAAGGACUUCACCAUCAACACAGUAGCCGGAGCCAUGAAGGCCUUCUUCUCAGAGCUGCCGGACCCUCUGGUGCCCUACCACAUGCAGGGAGAGCUGGUGGAGGCCUUCAAGAUCAACGAUAGGGAGCAGCGCUUCCAGACGAUGAAGGACAUUCUGCGCCGCUUCCCCAAGGAGAAUUACGAGGUCUUCAAAUAUGUCACCAGCCACUUGCUCAAGGUGAGUCAGAACAACAAGUCGAACCUGAUGACCAGUGAGAACCUGUCUAUCUGUUUCUGGCCCACACUGAUGAGACCAGACUUCACCACCAUGGACGCCCUGACUGCCACCCGCAUCUACCAGACACUGAUCGAGAGCUUCAUCCAUCAGUGCAUGUACUUCUUCUACAACCAGCCGCUGGCCGAUGGCCUCCCUGGCUCCCCCACCUCCUCGUACUCCUCGGGAGGAACCUCGGCGUACUCCAGCAUGGCUGGAGGCUACUCAUCCUCGCCGACUCCGUCCCCGGCUCCCUACGUCCUCCCCGCCACCCCUCCUGUCAUCCCCCACUACGGCCCUUCUCUCCAUCAUCAUCACCACCACCACCAUCAUCACCAGACCCCACCCCACUCCCCGCCUGCUACACCUCAGUCCCCCAUCCCAGCCCUGCUGCCGCCCUCCCUGCACCCCCACCACCCCCAUACGGAACAACACACGCUGUGAACCAGGGAUCAAGGGAAAGAGAAGAAGAAAAAAACUAAGACGAGGAAAGGAUUCAAAGAGGUUCAAAGGUUCAAAAUAAGAAAUCUUGAAAUUUGGGAAGGAAAUGAAGAGGACGUAUUGAAAGGAGGACAGGAGAAGUUGGGAGACUUUGAGUGAGAUGCAGUAUGUACAGGGAGAAACCUACAUGUUUGGGAGAAGAAGAGGAGUUUGAGCCUCCAUUGCUUUUAGAAAAAAUGGACACACACACAAGACCCAAAGGGGAACACUGCAGAGCCUCUGAACUGGCUGUAUGAUCUUUCUCUUCCCCGUCGCCACUUGUAUCCCUUUGUCUCUCUCCUUGCCUUAUACCAACACACAAACACACUAAUGAAGAGGGAGGAGUUGCCAGUCACUGUUAAACAGACUCAGGGAGGGACACGGAAGUAAAGUGCAAAAUGGGGAAUGUGAAAUCUGUUAUGUUGGGAUUGCUACACUACAAAAACACACGCACGCACACACCAACACACACACACACACACAAACACACAAACAGUGGCCAGUGUGCCUCCGACAACCAUUCUCCUCAAUUCCCGAGCUUGUGAUUGUGCUGGGAAAUUUGGAAUUCUUUUCCUUUUUUCUUUUUGCAAGCAGACCCACCUGCUGUACCUACCUGGAGGCCGUGGCUGGGAGUGUAGCAGAGCACGAGUCGUGAACGUGUUUAUUUCACCACUGUACAGAGAAGACUUUAGCAAGAACCAUGUGUUACUACUCACCCGGCAGGAUGUUCUGUCCUCUGCGACUCACACAUUCCUAUCUGUCAACCCCUCACACACACAAACGCACACACAGACAUAAUCAGUUUCAGUCGAGGCAGUAUGCCAAGCACAGAAAAAAAAAACUCAACCAACAGGAUCUGCUGGGCAGCAAAUCGGAGCAAAGGAUUAUGGGUGCUCUUACACCCUUGGCAUUCUGGGAAGGUUCCUUCCUUCCUCCUGAAUCCCUUCGCUCUCUCUCCAUUUGAUCUUUGACCUCAUGCCCUGAGUUUUUAAACAAACAAACAAAGUAAACAGCCAAAAAAGUGGAUUUCAUAAUUCUACUUUUACAUUCCCAAGUGUGUGUUUUUUUACAUUUGACAAAAUUCACAUACACCUGAGCCUCGUCUGUCAAUGAAUGGCCUUGUGGGUAAGCGUCUGGCUGUCUGACGAUCCAUUUGUGUGAGCUGAUAUGAUGACCUUUUUCUUUCACCUGAAUUUCCCUACAUGAGGAGGAUAGUGGGAAUAAGUCCAGUGUCGGACUCCGCCUGUCAUGUUGCUUCUCUUGCGGUGGUUUGACGAGCGAGUCGGUCAAUGCAGUUUCCGUAGUGAGGACCUUGUUCAAAGAGCACUUUUCUGAGCACUUUGAAGGCACAUUUUAAAUUGGAGCUGCCCCAACAUGACAGCCACCAUUCACUUUAUAUCGUCAGUCCACUCCUCUCUCUCUCUCUCUCUCUCUCUCUCUCUCUCUCUCUCUCUCUCUCUCUCUCUCUCUCUCUCUCUCUCUCUCUCUCUCUCUCUCUCUCUCUCUCUCUCUCUCUCUCUCUCUCUCUCUCUCUCUCUCUCUCUCUCUCUCUCUCUCUGUCUCUCUGUCUCUCUCUCUCUCUCUCUCUCUCUGGGGGCACACCACUGACAUCUAGAGGAAGAGAUGGGUAUUGCAGCCAUAACCUCACUUCCACUACUGCAUGGGCGUAGCACCAUUUUCAAACUGUGGUUGUUGUAGCAUCAGAUUCUCAUUAGGUGCAGUUGUCCAGCUGCAUUGUAAUUUUUUAAUUUUGGGUAGAAAUAAAAAUUAACAUUAGAUCUCAAAAGUGUAAAUAAAACAGCAGUUUAUAAACUAGGCACAGAUCAGAUGAGAUUCCAUAGAUUCAGGCUCUGUAGCCACAAAGCAUCCGCAGACCACAGAGCAGUUGGUCAGACAUGCAGCGAGUGAAAUUGCCUCUCUGUCUUUUUGUUGGUCAGCGUCCGCUUUCCCCGUGGACGCCAAAGCAAGUCAGGUGCUUCUGGCUCCUCCUCGUCCUCUGAGAUUAAGGAGGUGAUGAUUUACAAGAUUGAGGCCCGAUGUAGCACCAUAGGCCAGAUUGAAGAGCCGGGAGCGACCCGAGACAGGUGGGACGCUUUUUUAUUCUUGGAAGUAACUGGCAGCCGUCGCUCCAGGUAUCAGCGCACAUCCUCUUAAAAACACAGCGCCUGUGGAGAAGAGACUCAAGGACUCGAAAUAAAAUUUGCAAGAGUGUAACCACUACACAACCCCCCCUCCACCUUCCCACCCCUGCUAGUCAGUCCCUGUCCGUGUGAGACAGUUGGGUCAGAACAGACAGUCCAUUCAUCUGUCUGCAUGACUGGAGUGGAGCAUCACAGAAUUCCUCGGCCCAGCUUGCUGUUACCGUAGAAACCAGCGAGAUGGCGCUCGAGCAGAUUUGAUGAGCCUUCAUCGAAGCUGUUGAAGUGUGUGUUUGUGUGUCUGUGUGUAUUGUUUGCGUGAGCUGGAGAAAGAGUGUGCUCAUGUGAACAUGCAUGUGUCAACAUUAAGCAGAUGCUCACCAAGGUCGCUCAUUCUGUUUGACACUGAAAUGCGUGUCUCCACAGAUUCUCCUGUCUGGUCAAAUCGAGAAAAAGAAAAACCUUUUAACCAAUCACUGAACUCUAAAAGGAGCUUUUAUCAGUCAACACUACCUAUUUACCUUGUGUGUCUGUGUUUGUGUGUGUCUGUGUUUUUAAGGGGUUUCAGCUAACGUGCUUACACGCUGUGCUUGGCUCACGGCCACGAGCGUGAUCGGCACAGACGUGAAGGAUGCAGCUCUCAUCGCGGUCAUCGCCCCGGUGGCUGUGUUACCCUGUUAGCUCGUCCAGAUUAUACACACUGAGCCUCAGAGAGAGUGUGACAGAGACGAGGGGCAGAGUGAGGUGGAGGGGGGGGUGGGGCGUCAAACGGGUGAAUGGGAUCAUUAUGUGGGAGAAGGAGGGAGGAAGCAGGGGUGACCACUGGUACUUGUGUGCGAGCGUCGGCCAGUGGCGUUCCCCGUGUAUAUCAAUGUGUUAAUACUGAACUGACUGUGAGGCAGCCAAAGACUGUGGAAAAAAGGGUCAAGGGAGCGAUGGGAAGCAAAGUGACAGUUUUGAAGAACAAUUGAGUUAAAAAAAAAAAAAAAUGUGACCGUGGUUCAGAGAUAAUAUGUGGCUGCAUUGCUUUUCUUUCUUUCCUCCUUUUUUUUUUGCAACAAUGGUGACAGAUGUCUGUUAAUUUAAAAUGAGAAACAAGCAAAACUAUAUUCAAAUGGUUGUUUAUCGGUAUGUUAGGGGGUUCUAACACUUUGCCCUUUAGUCAGUGGUGAUAGAAAAAAAAAGUUUCUUUUUAUGUUUUAUUUUAAUAAUUAAAUAAUACAAAGCAUUUUUUAACUAUUUCUUUGUGAACGACUGAGAGACCAGCCCAGUAUAGUGCAUGAUUUCUUCCCGAGCAAAGGAAGAGGGCUCCACCACUCUCACUAUUUAAAGAGAUGAUAAAAAAAAAAAAAGAAUAUUAUGAAAUGAUGGGGUGGGUGGGGGGGAAGAAAAUAUGGAGAAAAAAGAAGUACUGUAAAAUGAAAAGAUAACAAACAAAAAAACUGUCAUUAUUUGCUGAGUAUGGUAAUUUGUCUAAAAUGGGAAUGGUGUAUACAGCAAGGCCUUAUGUGAUCUGUAUCAUAGUUAAUAAAUCAAAUCUUGUAAAACUC